AGAGACAGCAGUAAUGGCGGCCGGUUAGCUCCACACACAGACACCGAGUCACAGCAGCCUCUCACACCGGAGCUGACACACGGGCUCCGGGAGGGCACGGGAACCCUUCAGCUGGGAAUAUAACUUCUAGUGUUAUUAAAAACAAAUAUGGAUGAACAGCCUGGAGGAGGAGGAGGUGCAGGAGGAGGAGCCCUGCAACAGCCGUGCAGCAGCAGCAGCAACAGCGGAGGAGGAGGUGCAGGAGGAGGAGGCGGUGGUGGUGGUGGAGGAGUCAUGGUGCCCCACCAGCCGGAGGAGCUGCCCCGGCCCCAGCAGCAGUACACCAUCCCCGGCAUAUUGCACUACAUCCAGCACGAAUGGGCCCGCUUCGAGAUGGAGAGGGCCCACUGGGAGGUGGAGAGGGCCGAGCUGCAGGUAUGGAAGCCCGGGGAGAGGAGGUGGAGAGGGCCGGGGAGAGGUGAAGAGGGCCGGGCUCCAGGUAGGGAAGGCCGGGCAGCAGGUAGGGAAGCCCGGGGAGAGGAGAUGAUGAUGAAGAUGAUGAUGCGUUCAGUGACUGUUUGGAUGUUUCUAACUUGCAGUUUUCUGACUUUUUCCAGAAGUGCCUCUUUUGAUGUGGAACCCAUCUACACAUUCAGAGCUCAUGUUGGUCCAGUGUUGUCAUUGGCGAUGACUUCCAGUGGUGAGCAGUGUUUCAGUGGAGGACUCGACGCCACGAUCCAGUGGUGGAAUCCAAGCUCCAACGUAGACCCCUACGACACCUACGAUCCGAGCGUCCUGGCCGGCUCGUGGGCGGAGCAUACGGACGCUGUGUGGGGAUUGGCUUACAGCGGCAUCAAGAACCGGCUCCUGUCGUGCUCGGCCGACGGCACGGUGAAGCUGUGGAACCCGCAGGAGAAGAACCCCUGCAUCAGCACUUUCAACACCAACCAGGAGCACGGCAUCCCCACGGCGGUGGACUUUAACGGGUGUGACCCCGCCCACAUGGUGGCGUCCUUUAACACCGGCGACGUCGUGGUUUAUGACCUGGAGACCUCCCAGCAUGCACUGGUGCUGAAGGGUCAGGGAGAGAGCACGCUCCCAGGGUCCAAUCAUAUCAAUAAGGUGGUGAGUCAUCCAACGCUGCCGGUCACCAUCACCGCUCACGAAGACCGACACAUCAAAUUCUACGAUAACAAGUCAGGUAAAGUGAUCCAUGCUAUGGUGGCUCACCUGGACGCAGUGACCAGUCUGGCUGUGGAUCCUAACGGGAUUUACCUGAUGUCUGGCAGUCAUGACUGCUCGCUGCGUCUGUGGAACUUGGACAGUAAGACUUGUGUUCAGGAGAUCACAGCUCACCGUAAGAAGAGCGAGGAGGCCAUCUACGACGUGGCCUUCCAUCCCUCCAAGGCUUACAUCGCCUCCGCCGGAGCCGACGCCCUCGCCAGGGUUUACGUGUAGACGAGGAGGAAGAGGAGGAGGAGGAAGAAGAAGAAGAAGCAGACGGCUGCGGGGCGAGAGACACAGACAGACACAGAGAGAGAGAGAGAGAGACAGACAGGAUUCAGGUCUGUUCAGGUCUCUGAACAAAGAUUAUAUAUUAAAGAAAGACUGGAGGUGAGCAGGACCUCCACCGGACGACUCAGCACACACACACACACACACACACACACACACACACACACACACACUCUCACAGGUGUGUCCUCGCCUCCCAGCGGCGGACUGAAGACACUGAGAGACGUUCAGCAGCAGAAACUCGGUAACGUUGUGGAAACGUUGUUUAAACCCUGCAGGUAGAUCUGCAUCACACAGAGCAGCUCACCUGUCCUGUGAUGUCAUCGCCCCCCCCCACCACCAACAACACCGCCCCCCUCCUUCUGCAGAGUCCUGAACGUAGCUCUGAUGACACUACACCCCCCCCCCCCCCCCCCAUGUUAACACUAGCAGAGCAGACGACACUUAAAGGAAAAAAUCCCCCCAAAAAAUCAGCUCAGAGUGACGUUCUGGUUUCUGACCAAUCACAGACAGCCAGCAGUGACAUCACAGCCAGCAGUGACAUCACAGCCAGCAGUGACAUCACAGCCAGCAGUGACAUCACAGCCAGGUCAUGUGAUGGUUUGAACCUUCAGAGUCACAGAGCUUCUUUCUGGAAGAUUAUCUCACUGUGUAAUUUUUGACUUUCUGGCUUUUUGUUUUCUUUCAGCUCUUAAACGUCUCCGUUAAUUCUUCAUUAACGUGAUAAAUUAAAACGUUUAUUAUCAGUUUGGUGUUUUUGGGCUUAUUUUAAAGACGGUUUACAGACAGAAAAGAUGAUUAUUAUUGUUCAUCUUCACCACGAGGUCACCUGACAUCCUGAUAAUUAAAACAUGUUAUAACUGAUGAACAUUUGAAGUCGUUUAUUAAGCCAAAAAAAAAGCCAGAAAUGUGUUUUUCUUUCUUUUUUCUUUCUUUUUUCUUUCUCUGUAAACUGAAUAUCUUUUUAUUUUUUUGGGACUGUUGGUCAGAUUUUCGCAUCAUUUCAUUUAAUAGAAAAACUCGAUUGAUCAGAAAGAAAUCAGCAGGUUAAACUGACAAUCAGACUAAUAAUAAUAAUAAUAAUAAUAAUAAUAAAUUGUCUUUUAAUUAAAACAGUGAGCAGCUGUUUGAAGCUUUAAACUCUAAAACAUCAUCUUGAGUCUCAGAUCAGAGGAAGUGAAGCAGCAGAAACACAAACAUCACGUCUUUUAAUCUGAAGCUUCUGAGGUUUUAACCUGUGUCCAUUUUUUUACAGUUUUUAAACAAUGUGAAUUAAAAGAAGCUCCAAAAAAAAAAAAACAUAAAAAAACAUCAGAUGUUCUGUUUCUGCUGCUGCUUCCAGCUGAUUGGCUGUCUGUCCUAACGGGAGCAGAUGAUUGGUUCAUACUACCUUCCCUUCACUUCAGCCCCUGGUGGGCCAAUCAGGGCCCUGCGUUUCCCCCCCCCCCCCCCCCCCCCCGCUGUGAGGACGAAGGAUCCAGACGUUACUUUUCUUUCUUUGUGUAAAAUAAAUCUAGUUUUUAUAAUAAUCCUUUUUAUAUUCGUGGUUUAAAAAAAACGGCACCGCUGAGGAUUCUGGUCCCUCGUUUCCCGUCCAAUCCCCCGCCAAUCAUGACGCUCACAGACCCCGCCCACCUACUUCCUGUUUCCCCUUGUUUCCCCCUGUUUCCUGUCGCAUGAGGCUUCACCGAGAAACUCUGCGUCCAGUUUUUUAGAUUUUGAUGAAACGUAGAAAAGUAACAGAGGAGGAAGAGGAGGAGGAUGAAGAGGAGAUUCAUUCAGUUCCAGCUUCUAAAAUAUGAAUAUUAGAUGUUUUUUAAGUUUCCUCUGUCGGCAUGGUUACUGUGAGAAACAACAGAGACUCUGUUCUGUCCCGUGAUUGGUCAGAAGUUAGAACGUAAUGAGCCAAUAAACAACAGGUAUCAUUUAUAUCAGGAAGCUUUAAUUAGACUGUUUAUCUUUUAAUGAAGCUUUUCAGUCACUUUAUUCUUUAGUUUUUAUGAUAAACAACAAAAUAAAAGACACUAAAAUAUCAUCCUAUGAAUAUUUCUGUUUAUGGAGGAUUUAAGAAACCUAAAAAAACACAAAAUAUUCACAUUUAAGAAGCUGGAAUCUGACAAAUUGACCUUUUUUUUGGACUAAAAACGGUUAAUUAGUUAUUAAAUUAAUUGAUUAAUGGAUUAAAUCUUUCCAUCAGAUAUUAAAUGAAUCUUUAAACGGUUUUUAAGCAGCUUCAGUUCUUCUGUUUUAUAAUGAGACACACAGCGGGUCACAUGACGUUGUACAUAAUGUAAAAUAAAUAAAUGUACAGCAGGAUUUAAAACAGAAGAAGAAGAAAUCAGUCGUUUUCUCUGCAGGACCAAAUAGAAACAAGAAGAUCGGUUCAUUUUAAUUUUAGACUUCCUGUUUAAACUUUGAUUAAAUUCAUUCUUGACCUCAAAUUUAUAGUCAAAUAAUCAACUUUUAAAUCACUUUGUGGCUUUUUCAUCUUUUUACAAACAGAAAAGUAACUAAACUAAAGUCUGCAGCUGGAUUUAAUGUUCAUCUUCACUAAAAGUCGUUGCAACACUUUAAUAAAUAAAGUUUUAAAACACUAACUAAACAUUUAAAAUCGUUUAUUAAGCAAAAAAAAAAAACAACAGAAAUGUGUCAGAUUGUCUGUUUUUCUCUUUUCUUUAAUAUCUUUUUAUUUCUGGGACUGUUUCACAAAUGAUUGAUCUGAUAAUUAAAAAAUAAACAAAUAAAAAUAUCAGCAGGUUAACUGACAAUCAGAUUAAUAAUAAAUUAGAAAAACUUUUCAAAUCUGCUGUAAAAAAUCCACAAAAUAAACCAACGAGGAAGAAAAACGUUUAAUCAGUUUGCUUCUUUAAUCCCAAAACUUUAAACAUUUAUAAAUAAAUAAAUAAAUAAAUAUACAGUACUGUGCUUUAGAUGUUGUUUUUAGUGAUUCUAUAAUAAUCAUAUUUAAUUAUUUCUCAGUUUCUUUAUUAGAAAACAACCAGAAAGUAAAGCAGCAGGUACGUAGAGUGAAGGGAACCUUAAUUAUUAAUUAUUUAUUAUUAUUAUUAAUAAUUAAAGUUAAGUUUAUUGUACAUAUUUCCUGUUUGUAUCUUUAAUAAAAAGACUGAAAAAUAAACAUUGAUGCUCAUUAAAACUAAAACAACAAAGCAGCUCAGUACUGAAUGUUUAACUUGGAAUCAUUCAAUCAGCUGAUCUCAGUUCUAAGGCACCUGAUUGGUCGAAUCGUGUGUGUGCUCUUCAUUGAUUGGCUGGAACAGAAAGACCCAGCAGGUACAUUAUGAGCCUUUUAAUGGAAGAGUUUGGUAGUUUAAAAAGCUCCAGAUCACAAUUUUGAUUUUUACGAACUGUUUAAAAAGCACCUGAAGGCACCACCACCACCUCCUCCUCUUCCUCCUCCUCCUCUUCAUCAUCGUCUUCAUAUCACUGUGUGAUUUUUCUCUUCACUUUCUGACAUAUUUAUAUCACACAACGGUUUGUUUUUGUUUUUUAGUCUCUUUGUGUUUUUUUUUCUUUUCUAACUCCGGGAGAAACCGUCCAAUCAGAGGGCGUCCCCGGAGCCAGAGGUUUGAAAGCUGCCAUCUGAUUGGUCGACUGGCUGAAGGUCGGAGCGUUUUUAAUCGUCGUCGUCGUGGGUUUAAUUUUAUUUUUUUAACUUAAAGGAUUUUCGAGGCGAUCGGCUCCAAACAGAAACCUUUGUUUUCACCCACGCUGCGAACGUAUUGUGUAACUAAAGACUUUUGUUUUUGUUUGUUUUGUUUGUGUAAUGCAUGAUUAAUACAAUAAAAGUAUUUUUUCUAGUCUUCCAAAAAAAAAGGAAAAAAAAAAAGUUCUGAUCAGUUUGCGAGUUUUGAUGAGUUUUUGUAAGGUUUUUUUUUUUUUUUUUUUGAUUUCCAAACUAUGAAACAGCAGAUUUUAAAGAUUGUACCACAUAGCAGAAUACAACUGUUGAAAUGUAUAUAAAAUGUCUAUAAUAACUAUUAAAUGGUGUACCUGUA